ACAUAAUUGCAUGCCUUAUCUGACCUCCUGAACAUACAAACCUCCAAACGCCAUAUCACCAAAAACCAUUCCCGAGUCCAUAGAUGCACAUUUACUGAGUUGAUGGCAACUCUCGGCGUUCAGGGGUGACUAUGGCCAAUCAGUUGACGGCGCUGUGCACCGUCACAUCAUUUUUAUGGCUUGCAUAUAGUCUAGAAGACCACCAGAUCAUAGAACAACCGAGGCUCUCAUCUCUACUCGUCCUUUCCAUCGCAGCAUUGUCAUCAUAUGCCGCCAGCUUCUGUUCCGUAUGGCUCCCGGGAACAAAUGGAAGGUUUGACGAUGAGCGAGCACCGCUCAAAGUGAAGCGCGCCAACCUUCCCAAUAAACCGCGGAGAUAUUUCUUGCCUGCGCUGGUUCUCUGCAUUAUCCUACGGCUAGAGAUCUUCCACCGUGUAUCUCUAGACCUCCAAUGCUCAAAACCGGGACUCGAGGCCUUUUUGCCUCUGUUAAUCCUCCUAUACGAGCUCCGGAGCCGCAGGGCACGAUCCGGCGAUGGCGACGAUGAAGAGGAGGACGAUAUGGGGUUGACCAUCUUCGAGGCAUUCGGUGCUUGGUUCUACUCGUCCAGGGGACCCUUGUUCAUUUCCGUCUUGAUGCUCACUCUCGGUACAUACCUCGUCUCGUCACUCGACCCCAGGUCGACCUUCUUCUGCUCAAACCAAGACCGAAGCGCCCUCGUCGUCCUCUUACAGUGGGCCGGUCUAUUCCUCGACGCCUCUAUCGCCAUCAUCAUGUGGCGUAUUCUUGCCUGGGCGAGAACGACCAAGAGUCGGCUCCGCACUCUCAGCGGAAUUAUCCUAGUCGCAGCCCUCGGCGCUGGCCUACUAUACCGGACCUUCCGCCUCUUUGUCCCGGUUAUGCCUAUGAGCUACCAGUUUCGAGGUCUCGACUCUCUCUACGUGUUCGACGUUGUGGUCGACGGCCUCGCCUUCUCCACAUUCGUCGUAUCGGCCAGCCUUCUCGCCGGCGAAGGAAGCCCCUCAUCGUUAGCGGGCAUCCUCGCCUUUCUCUUUGGGAUUAUGCAAGCAAUCCAGAAGACGGCCUUGACGGGGACGUGGGAGAACAUCUCGCCUGGCACUAUCUACUUUGCCCUGACGCUCAUCUGCUUGGGCUUCUCGUUUUUUGUUUACCUCAACAACAUCCGGUCCGUUAUCUUCAUACACCGAGCAUUCUUUGUCUUCCUCCUCUUCAUCAUCACCAUCAUAGCGACGAUCUACACACCUAUCAAGGCUCUCCAAAUCACCGACAAGCAUCCGCUCAUCAGGACCAUCUACGACGCUCGGACCGAGGCAGACCGGUGGAUGGUUCACGCCACCGUUAGCAACUCACUACCCGUCGCUGUCCAAGAAUACAAAGAGCGCCAUAACGGGAGAGACCCGCCCCAGAAGUUUGACAUCUGGUAUGAUUUUGCCAAGGAUCGCCACUCCGUCAUUCUCGACGACUUCCAGCAGAUGGAGGAGGAUAUCCUCCCAUUUUGGGGCAUGCCGCCAUCGAAAAUCAAAGAGGGCAUCCAGCGUGCCGCCGCCGAGCCUGACAUGGCGCUCCUCCAGAUCCAAGGCGGCGAGGCUCGGCAUAACCUCCCCCCAUCAAGCCCGUACAAGCCCGUGGUAGACGAUCUAGUAGACCUGGUCAAGGACUUUGUAAAACACCUCCCUAACAUGGAACUGGCCAUCAACCUCAACGAGCGGCCGCGAGUCCUUGCGCCAUGGGAUGACGUGCAAAGGUUCAUCAACACAGCCAACCGAAAGCGUGUUAGCAAGCUCCUCCCUAGGAGUUCGGACUCCCUUGGGGAAAUGCCCGCAGCCCGUGCCACGACUGACGACAACUCACCAACCGAAGUAGGCUUUACCCCGGUGCGGGCACUACGGCAGAUGACAGCCCUCACCUGCCCGCCGGGGACCAAAGGACGGGCCGGGACACACUGGGAUAUCCGGGACAUCUGUACAUCGUGCGCGCGGCCGCAGUCGCAGGGCCAAUAUCUAACCAACUGGCCGCUCUCCCAAUCACUCUGCCACCAACCCGACCUUCUCCGCCUGCACAGCUUCCACAUGACACCCCCCGAAGUCCGGCCACUCCAGGAACUCCUCCCCGUCUUCAGCCGCGCCAAAACCGACAGCUACCGCGACAUCCUAAUCCCACUACGGCGCAUCAGCGAACCCGCGGACCCACCGACCGACGGCGGCUUCGAGAACAAGUUCAAGCGGCUAUUCUGGCGCGGCCGGGUCGACCGGUCACACACCAGCCCGGAACUAAUCCGCGGCGGCCACCAAGAACGCCUGGUCCAUCUCCUCAACACCCCGACCCGCUCCGAAAAGACCACCCUCCUCCUCCCAAGCAAGGACCGCUUCACCUACGAACAGGUCCCCACCGCCGCCAUCAACGACCUCCUCCCCAUGGACGUCGCCUUCUCCACCUACACCGCCUGCAAGGCCACCACCAACACCAACCCCAACACCAACCCCGGCAACACCUGCCCCGCCGCCGCCGCCGCCGCCGCCGAAUUCCUCCUCCAACCCUCCGAACCCUCCACCGAACCCUCCCCCGAACCCCUAGAGCACAAAUACGUCCUCCUCACCGACACCGACACCGGCCCCUCCCCCCACCUCCUCCGCACCAUCCGCUCCAGCAGCGUCCCGCUGCACGCCACCAUCUUCCGCGAGUGGUUCAGCGAGCGCCUGCGGCCGUGGGUGCACUUCGUCCCCAUCGACGUGCGCCUGCACGGCCUGCACGGGACGGUGGCGUAUUUCCUUGGGCUGCAUAAGCGGGGCGGGAGGAUGCUGAAUGGGCGGGAGGUGGUGAUGGAGGGGCGGACGGAGGAUGCCAAGUGGAUUGCGGAACAGGGGAGAAGGUGGGCGGGGAAGGCGAUCACUUAUGUCUCCAUGGUCAUCGUCUUCAAGUGCGUUGAGAUGAUGUAA